AUGAACCCCUUUGGCAACAUGGGCAACCUGAUGGAGAACCUGAAGAAGGCGCAGGCGAUGGUGCAGGUGGAGGCGGCCAAGGUGCAGGAGGAGCUGGCCAACACCGACUUUGAUGGGUACAGCGCGGAUGAGACGGUGCGUGUGGUGAUGAGCGGCAACCAGGAGCCGCGGACGGUGGAGAUCACGCAGGAGGCUUACGACCAGGGCGUGGAGAAGCUCAACCAGCUGGUGGCGGAGGCGAUGAAGGAGGCGCACCUGAAGAGCGUGGACGGCAUGAAGGCACGCAUGAGGCAGCUGGCAAGCAACCUCGGCAUGCCCGCGCCACCGCAGUGA